AGAAAUUAUGAAUUUGCCGAAAGCCCAAAGCAGAGGCCGUUGCCUGUUUGGGACUAGCGCAUUUUGUGUUGAUCGCUUUGGUCUCCACCGCAUCGUCCCAUCUUCCUCUUCUCUUCUUCCUAUACUGUUGUUGAAGUAGUAGUUGUUGUUGUUCUUGUUGUUGUUGUUGUUGAGAUUACUGCUGCUCUUGCUCUUCUUCUUCUCCUUCUCUUCUUCUCCUCUUCUUCUCUUCACUUCAUCUCAUCUCUCAUGUCCACCCCACACUCCCCCCGUUUCCUCUCCGACUCGGACUCGGAGACCGACAACUACUUCCACGCCCUCUCCUUCGACAACGACCCCUACGCCGCCCGCGACCAGACAUACACCGUCCACCCUGCCCUCCAGCAGUACCCCCCGCGCUCACGCUCCUCCACAAACCACAACAGCUGGCGCUCCUCCUCCUAUCCCAUCGCCUCCUCUCCGACCAACCCCUCGCCCAGCCCCGCCUCCUCCCGCAACCUCGUCGCCGUCUUUGGCUCGCCUGAAGCUGCUCCGUCUAAUCCGCACCGCGUCGAUUCUGUUAUCUCGCGUCCGAAACGCGAUGUCGUGUACAAUGAGAAACCUCUCGCGUCGCCCACUGCCUCUGGCUCCUCCUCGACGCGUACCCGCAAGAUUAUCAUUGUCGCAGCAGCUGCUGCCAUAAUCAUCCUUGCCGCCGUGCUCGUCCCUGUUGGUCUUCUCAUCAUCAAACCUCACUCCUCCUCCUCCUCCUCCUCCUCUUCUUCCUCCUCCUCUUCCUCCUCCCCCUCCUCCUCAUCCACCUCCACCUCCUCCUCUCCCUCCUCCACCUCCACCUCCUCCGGCACCCCCUCCUACGCCGUCGGCACCGUCCUCGACGUCUCGACCUGGUACGAGACCACAGACUUCAACACCACCUUCACAAACGACACCGUCGGCGGUCUGCCCAUCAUCGGUCUCAACUCGUCCUGGGACGACAGCGCGGCCCCGAACGACGACGUGCCCGCUCUGUCUGACAGCUUUGGCUACGACACGCGUCCUAUGCGCGGCGUCAACAUCGGCGGCUGGCUUAUCCUCGAGCCGUUCAUCACCCCUUCGUUCUUUGAAAAGUACGAUCUCGACGAAGGCAUUAUUGACGAGUACACGCUUUCUGAGAAACUAGGCGACGAUCUGCAGUCCACGAUCGAGAAGCACUACGCGACCUUCAUCACCGAGUCCACGUUCGCUGACAUCGCCGCCGCGGGCCUCGACCAUGUCCGCAUCCCGUAUCCGUACUGGGCCGUCAACAAUCUCGACGGCGACCCGUAUCUCGAGAAAGUCAGCUGGCGGUACCUCUUGCGCGGCAUCGAGUGGGCGCGCAAGUACGGCUUGCGGGUAAACGUCGAUCUGCACUCUGUGCCCGGAAACGCAAACGGCUGGAACCACUCUGGUCGGCAGGGCGCGAUCAACUGGCUGAACGGCACCGACGGGACCGAGUACGGCGAGCUUACGUUAGAGAUGCACGAGAAACUAGCGACGUUCUUUGCGCAGGACCGGUACAAGAACAUUGUGACUGUGUACGGGCUCGUGAACGAGCCGAAUAUGAUGACGCUGAAUGCCACGACGGUUAUCAACUGGACCAAGAAGGCGUACAAGACUGUCCGCGACGCCGGGUUUGAAAACUACAUUGUCUUUGGCGAUGGGUUUAGAGGCGUGGCGUCGUGGAAGGGGGUUUUUCCUGAGGACGAUUAUCCGGGGAUGGUGCUUGAUGUGCAUCAGUAUCUUAUUUUCGACGUAGGCUUGAUUGCCAUGACGCACUCGGCAAAGAUCAACUAUAUCUGCAACACUUGGUCGAGCGAGAUGAAGGUGUCUGUGGACACGGAUACAGGCCACGGUCCGACGUUCGUGGGUGAAUGGUCACAGGCCGACACCGACUGUCUGCUCUACCUCAACAACGUCGGCGUCGGUUCGCGCUGGGAAGGCACGAUGAACGUAACCGACGUGUCAUCCCAAGUCCUAACCGCAUCAUGCCCAACCACGCCAAACUGCUACUGCAACUACACCAACGUCGCGCCAGAAGACUACGACGACCCGUACAAAGAGUACCUACUAAUGAGCGCCGAGGCGCAGAUGACUGCGUUCGAAAGCAACGGCGGCUGGGGAUUCAUGUACUGGACCUGGAAGGCCGAGACCGCGGACGCGACGCAGUGGUCGUAUGAGCGCGGGCUGGCGGCGGGGAUCUUGCCGGAGCAGGCGAAUAAGCGGACGUUCAAUUGUUCGGCGACGACGGGGACGCCUGAUUUCUUGUCGCUGGGGUUGUUGGAGAGUUAUUAGUUGUGCUGUUUAUGUGUUUAUACUGUUAUAUGUGUUUAUACUAUUAUAAAGUGUUUGUAUUCUAUAGUGUAGUUUAGUUUGUUACUUGUAGUUAAUGGUAUCCAGUUAUGCUUAUCUCGACUCGACUCGACAGCGACGGGAUGACUCAAAAGCCACCCGGGAGCGGUUUUGAUUCAGAGUACGAAUACG